AUGAGAGCAUCGAUGGCACGCUACGUCCGGCCCAGAAGACCGGUGAGAGAGGGGCCUGCGUUGCUACCCCCAGUGUACCUCUACAGACGAAUUCUUCGAGCACACCGGUUUUUGCCUGCCAGCCAGAGGUUUCUAGGAGACAUGUAUGUGAAGGAAGAGUUCAGGGCACAUCGCAACAUCAGCGACCCGUUGCAAAUUGUGGGGUUUUUGACGUCGUGGCAGGAAUAUUUGACGAUGAUCAGUGAUGGUCAGUGGAAGCAGCACUCGUUGACCAGAAGUCAGUUGGACAAGAUGAGUCCGGAGCAGAUCGUGCAGUUGUACGAGUUGAUGAAGGAGAGCAAGAGGGUCGUCGACGGCGAGGGCGAGGAAGAGUAG